AUGUGGAUCCUGUGGCGGACGAACAACAAGCGGUGGAUUCCUUGGGUGGAGGGACAUGGCAAGCGGGCUCUAAAGAAGCUGCAGGAUGCCUACGACAAGGAGCAGAUCUACUUCUUCAUAGUCAAGAAGAACCCCCACGUUAUCAACAACAUGUCUCAGUUCUUGAAGAAGUCAACAGCAACAAACAAGAGCGACAAGAUCGCGUGGUUCGACGAUGAGGCUGAUGAAACAGUCAACAGCAAGGGAACCGGGAAGAAUUGGACCAAUCUCCACAGCAGCUGCAUCCAACUGCUCAAUCGUUCGUGGGCAUGUUGCGAGUCCUGA